AUGACGACGACAACGCUAUGGUGGCUGCUCGGCUGCUGCUCUAUCGCUACUGACACUCCAGCUAUCGCUACUGACACUACAACUAUCGCUAGUGACACUAUAGCUAUCGCUACCGACACUACAACUAUCGCUACCGACACUACAACUAUCGCUACUGACACUCCAGCUAUCGCUACCGACACUACAACUAUCGCUACCGACACUACAACUAUCGCUACUGACACUACAGCUAUCGCUACCGACACUACAACUAUCGCACUUGACACAACAACUAUCGCUACCGACACUACAACUAUCGCACUUGACACAACAACUAUCGCUAUUGACACUACAACUAUCGCUACCGACAUUACAACUAUCGCUACUGACACUACAGCUAUCGCUACCGACACUACAACUAUCGCUCUUGACACAACAACUAUCGCUACCGACACUACAGCUAUCUCUACCGACACUACAACUAUCGCUACCGACACUACAACUAUCGCUACUGACACUCCAGCUAUCGCUACCGACACUACAACUAUCGCUACUGACAUUACAACUAUCGCUCUUGACACAACAACUAUCGCUACUGACACUACAGCUAUCGCUACCGACACUACAACUAUCGCACUUGACACAACAACUAUCGCUACCGACACUACAGCUAUCGCUACCGACACUACAACUAUCGCACUUGACACAACAACUAUCGCUACUGACACUACAGCUAUCGCUACCGACACUACAACUAUCGCACUUGACACAACAACUAUCGCUACCGACACUUCACCUAUCUCUACCGACACUACAACUAUCGCUACUGACACUACAACUAUCGCUACUGACACUACAACUAUCGCUACUGACACUACAACUAUCGCUACCGACACUACAACUAUCGCUACUGACACUACAACUAUCGCUACCGACACUACAACUAUCGCUCUUGACACUUCAACUAUCGCUACCGACACUACAUCUAUCGCUAAUGAUCCUACGACACUUGCUACUGACAUAACAUCUAUCGCUACCGACACUACAACUAUCGCUCUUGACACUACAACUAUCGCCACCGACACUACAACUAUCGCUCUUGACACAACAACUAUCGCUAUUGACACUACAACUAUCGCUAUUGACACUACAAAUAUCGCUACUGACACUACAACUAACGCUAUUGACACUACAACUAUCGCUAUUGACACUACAACUAUCGCUACUGACACUACAUCUAUCGCUAAUGAUCCUACGACACUUGCUACCGACACUACACUUAUCGCUACUAACACUACAACUAUCGCUAUUGACACUACAACUAUCGCUACUGACACUACAACUAUCGCUAUUGACACUACAACUAUCGCUAUUGACACUACAACUAUCGCUACCGACACUACACCUAACGCUACUGACACUACAACUAUCGCUACCGACACUACAACUAUCGCUAUUGACACUACAAAUAUCGCUACUGACACUACAACUAUCGCUACUGACACUACAACUAUCGCUACUGACACUACAACUAACGCUAUUGACACUUCAACUAUCGCUAUUGACACUACAACUAUCGCUACUGACACUACAACUAUCGCUACUGACACUACAACUAUCGCAACCGACACUACAAAUAUCGCUACUGACACUACAACUAUCGCUAUUGACACUACAACUAACGCUACUGACACUACAACUAUCGCUAUUGACACUACAACUAUCGCUAUUGACACUUCAACUAUCGCUAUUGACACUACAAAUAUCGCUACUGACACUACAACUAUCGCUACUGACACUACAACUAACGCUACUGACACUACAACUAUCGCUACUGACACUACAACUAACGCUAUUGACACUUCAACUAUCGCUAUUGACACUACAACUAUCGCUACUGACACUACAACUAUCGCUACUGACACUACAACUAUCGCUACUGACACUACAAAUAUCGCUACUGACACUACAACUAUCGCUACCGACACUACAAAUAUCGCUACUGACACUACAACUAUCGCUACUGACACUACAACUAUCGCUACUGACACUACAACUAUCGCUACUGACACUACAAAUAUCGCUACUGACACUACAACUAUCGCUAUUGACACUACAAAUAUCGCUACUGACACUACAACUAUCGCUACUGACACUUCAACUAUCGCUAUUGACACUACAACUAUCGCUACUGACACUUCAACUAUCGCUACUGACACUACAACUAUCGCUAUUGACACUUCAACUAUCGCUAUUGACACUACAACUAUCGCUACUGACACUACAACUAUCGCUACUGACACUACAACUAUCGCUACUGACACUACAACUAUCGCUACUGACACAAAAACUAUCGCUAUUGACACUACAACUAUCGCUAUUGACACUACAACUAUCGCUACUGACACUACAACUAUCGCUACCGACACUACAACUAUCGCUAUUGACACUACAACUAACGCUAUUGACACUACAACUAUCGCUACUGACACUACAACUAUCGCUAUUGCCACUACAACUAUCGCUACUGACACUAUAACUAUCGCUACCGACACUACACCUAACGCUAUUGACACUACAGCUAUCGAUAACGACACUUUUUAUUCCGCUAUGGACACAACAACUACCGGCACUUGCACUAUUGUUAUCGCUAUUGAAACUUAA